AUGCCAUCCACGCCAAGCCAGAAUACCGUCUCUCAGCUGGAUCGCCAUCGAAAUGUACGGAUCCACGAGCAACGACCGGGUGCCAUCGCGAUCACCACUCUCCCACAACCAGUCCCCCGCGUGGAGACACGCCCGCAAGGGAACCGUACUCUUGGCACUGGUCAACAGCUCCUUGGGUUCGUCCCGGAGACGACGAUACACGCCAUACCUACCGCCGCGGGACAUGUCUUCCUGGAGCGGCUCAAUUCUGCUGGCGGGAGAGAUGUCGAUGUGACCCAUCCAGCCGUGCACCGCGUCCGGAGUGGGAGUGGGCAGACGGAAGGGUGGACGAUCGUGUUGCCAACGGAUGGCGAGUCUGAGCGGUGGCGACGAGAUGCUCGGUCGCGAGAACGGUCGCGGGAGCGGGAGCGGGAAUGA